AUGUCAAACAUUUUAGCCCCGUUCCAGCUCUUGGAACUGAAUAUAAUAUCAGCACAAGAUCUGGCAAAUGUGUCUCGUUCCAUGCGGACCUAUGCGGUUGCAUGGGUUCACCCAGAUCGUAAACUUUCAACACGAGUGGACACUCAUGGCGACAACAAUCCAACAUGGAAUGACAAGUUUGUGUUCCGUGUGGACGAGGAGUUUCUACACUCAGACACGUCAGCCGUGAUGAUUGAGAUCUAUGGACUACAUUGGUUCCGAGACGUACACGUGGGCACGGUCCGUGUCCUUGUUGGGAAUCUAAUCCCAACCCCACCAAGGCCCCACCAACCCAACCAUCAUCCCAAGAUCGGAAUGAGGUUCGUGGCACUUCAGGUACGUAGGCCAUCAGGUCGGCCACAAGGAAUCCUCAACAUUGGGGUUGCGGUCCUUGACAGUUCCAUGAGGAGCAUGCCAUUGUAUACACAACUCAAUCUCUCUGGAGCCGUUGGAUAUCGGCAUUUGAUGGGUGAAGAUGAGUCAUUUUUGCAAGGGAGUCAUACAACGCUUACAAGCAGGCCUGAAUUUCGUCGUACGAAGAGUGAUACAAGUUCCAUGAUUGGUUCAGAGCUUCGAACUGCUCAAUUCCGUGGGAAAACAACACGUAAAGGAAAAUCUAGUUCCAUGGUGAACGAGUCUUCCUCCGAAAUCGAUCACAAGAAGAGAGGUCAAUCCAGAGGCAGCUCUUUGCUUAGUGGCUCCAUCAUGUUAAGAAGAGUGAAAAGCAAAAAGGGCAAAAAGUCUCGCUCGGUUGUUAGUGCCUCGGAUGCAGAGAGUGACCCUCGUAAUAAGAAGGGUAAAAACGGAAAAGCAAGUUCGUUGGUGAGCGGGUCGGAAGUAUCCGUGGAUCCUCCAAGGAAGAGUAAAAUUGGAAGAGCAAGUUCGGUGUUGAGCACAUCUGAGGUUAGUACGGACGUGGAGGCUCAGCCACCCAUUAAGGUUAUUAAUGGAAAAAAGAAUGGUAAGCCAAGUUCGUUGGUUAACGGUAACGGCUCAGAUGUUGGGGACCCACCACCAAAAAAGGUUGUGUUAAAUGAGAAUCCUGUCAUUGAAGAAUCCGACGUUAAUUGGUCAGAAUCUGAGGUUGAAAGGAUACCAAGUCUACCACCACCAAAAUCAAAGGGAACAAAAUUAGAAAAAACCACAAGUUUCCAAAUUGAUCCUGUGAUUCAAAACCCACCUCCUAGAAAAUCUACGGGAACGACCCCGUUGCACCCACGUGCCACCAAUGUCAAUUCCAGUUCCACACCCAAGCAUGCACGUGCCAAUCCCACACCCAUCCAUCCUCGUACUAGUGCCACACCCAUGCAUUCUAAAUCUUUUGGUAAAUUCACCGGCUUGACUGAGUACGGAACCCCAAGAAAGUUCUCCGAGCAUGGCACUCCGAAAAAGUUCAUACCCCCGGCUGUAAUGACGGAGUCAGAGCUGGGUCCAUCAGCGUCGGAGGUGGCGGCGGAGGUGGCGAGAGCGCCGAGAGUGGAAGAGGAGGGAAGCUCUAUUGUUGGUGGGUGGAGCUUGGCUGAAGAGAGCGUGGAAGGCCUACAAUCAAAGCUCGAACGUUGGAGGACGGAGCUUCCGCCCGUCUAUGACCGUGGCGAGUUUUCGAGCAUAAGGGGAUCAACCGAGCCCCGCGGCCAUGCGCGACGCCACACUGAUGGUGGCAAUGGGUUGUUUUCUUGCUUCAGCAAUAUUUGUGGGUGUCAAUGCCAUAUUGUUUGUGGUGGUGACUCUGCCCGUGUGGACAAGAAAGGUGGUACAAGUGUUCGGAUCCCCCGGAGCUCAUCCGCUAAUAAUGUGGGCUAUACUUGA